AUGCCUUCCACUAAAUCACAGAAAGUCGUCAAGGCCGCGGAUUCUGAGGAUGAGACGCGUACAUUCUACAGGAAGCAGAAGAACAUGCAAAAAGCAUCAAACAGUAAGUUUAAUGAUUGCGAAACGCGAGUGCAUCACAAAUCACAUGCUACAUCUAUGGCGGCAUCCACAUUUGCCAUGGCAAUUACAAAUGCCCAUACCCCUAUCACCGUCAGCCACACAUCGAGGCACGCUCCGGCUCUUCCUGCCUCUCAAAUAGCACAUUGUGGCUCAGACAUAAACGCUAAAAUCCCGUUCCGUUCUAGACCCGGAACCAAUGCCGACGUGCCAAGUUUCGACCACACGGCCUUCGAAGCUCUUCGCGACCUGCUUGCGAACAAGGCCGACAUUGAGCGACGCAUCGCUAAGAGUAUCGAGACCCUGGAAAAAGCCAUGAACACGGCCUCCAGAGAGUUCCAAGUUGUCCUCAGUUCGCAGGCCGAAGCGUUCAGGACUGCCACUGUGCCCGCCACUACAAGCGCUGCAGCUGCAAGUUCAAAAGCCCUCAUCGUGAAACACUAA